GCUGGAGCUUGGACUGUCUCUAGCACGCCGGGGUACACCAGCCGACAGACGGAGACGACCCAGCGGAGAACGCGGGGGCCGGGUCGCUGCCGCUGUCGCCGCCACGGGGCGCUCCCUCCCUUCCACCUGAGUCCGGCCACCUGGUCUUCCUCACGGCCCCGGCCGCCGCAGGCUGGACAAAAUGAAACCAGGAGGCUUCUGGCCACAUCUCGCCCUGCUUGGGGUCUCCCUGCCAGCUGUGCUGGGAUGGAUGGACCUCGGAGCCAGCAGAAGCCCCAAUGUGGUUCUGAGAGAGUCCCAGGCAGAGGAAACGAGAGACUUUGAAGUCACAAGAAGAGAAGGCCUUCCUAGCCCUGGGCUGUCGGCCUCCUGUGGGAAGAAACCCUGCAGCCCCGGGAGCAGGUGCUCACUCGAUAGGACCACAGGGCAGCCCUCGUGCCACUGCGUGGAGGUGUGCAGGCCCCGCUACAUGCCCGUGUGCGGCUCUGACGGGAGGCUCUAUGGGAACCACUGUGAGCUUCGCCGUGCAGCCUGCCUGCUGGGCAAGAGAAUCGUCAGCGUACACAGCAAGGACUGCUUCCUCAAAGGAGACAUGUGCACCAUGGCUGGCUACGCUCGUCUCAAAAACGUCCUCCUGGCGCUCCAGAGCCGCAGACAGCCACUCCAACAAGGAACCAACAGGCAGAACCUCGCCUCCCAGAAGCGCCUCUUGGUAGAGUCGCUAUUUAAGGACUUGGAUACGGAUGGCAGUGGCCACCUCAGCAGCUUGGAGCUGGCUCAGUAUGUGCUAAAGGAGCAGGAUCUGGAUGGUUCCCUGAAGGGAUGCUCACCAAGCGAUCUCCUGCGUUUUGAUGACUAUAAUACCGAUGGCUUCUUGACCCUUGGAGAGUUCUACACAGCCUUCCAGGUGAUUCAGCUGAGCCUCGCCCCUGAAGAUGAGGUCAGUGUGACCACAGUGACCGUGGGGCUGAGCACAGUGCUGACCUGCGCUAUUCGUGGAGACCUGAGGCCACCAAUCAUCUGGAAGCGCAAUGGGCUCACUCUGAGCUUCCUGGGCCUGGAAGACAUCAAUGACUUCGGAGAGGAUGACUCCCUUUACAUCACCAAGGUGACCACAAUCCACAUGGGCAACUACACCUGCCACGCCUUGGGCCACGAGCAGCUGUUCCAGACCCACGUCCUGCAGGUGAAUGUGCCACCAGUCAUCCGCGUCUAUCCAGAGACCCAGGCGCAAGAGCCUGGAGUGGCGGCCAGCCUGCGAUGCCAUGCUGAGGGCAUUCCCAUGCCCAGAAUCAUUUGGCUGAAAAAUGGCAUGGAUGUCUCAUCCCAGAUGUCCAAACAGCUCUCCCUCUUGGCCAAUGGAACUGAACUCCACAUUGGCAGCGUUCGCUAUGAAGACACGGGGGCAUAUACGUGCAUUGCCAAGAAUGAAGUGGGCGUGGACGAAGAUAUCUCCUCCCUCUUCAUUGAGGACUCAGCUAGGAAGACCUUAGCAAACAUCUUGUGGCGGGAAGAAGGCCUCAGCGUGGGAAACGUGUUCUAUGUCUUCUCCAACGACGGCAUCGCUGUCAUCCACCCUGUGGACUGUGAAGUCCAGAGACGCCUGAAGCCUGCGGAGAAGAUCUUCAUGAGUUAUGAAGAAAUCUGUCCUCACAGAGAAGGAGAUGCCACCCAGCCUUGCCAGUGGGCAUCUGCAGUCAACGUCAGGAACCGGUACAUCUAUGUGGCCCAGCCAGCACUGAACAGAGUCCUUGUAGUUGAUGUUCAAGCCCAGAAAGUCUUACAGUCCAUAGGUGUGGACCCUCUGCCAGCUAAGCUGUCCUACGACAAGUCACAUGACCAAGUGUGGGUCCUGAGCUGGGGGGACGUGCACAAGUCCCAGCCAAGCCUGCAGGUGAUCACUGAAGCCAGCGCUGGCCAGGGCCAGCACCUCAUCCGAACACCGUUUGCAGGAGUGGACGACUUCUUCAUACCCCCAACCAAUCUCAUCAUCAACCACGUCAGGUUUGGCUUCAUCUUCAACAAAUCUGACCCUGCCGUCCACAAAGUUGACCUGGAGACUCUGAUGCCCCUCAAGACCAUCAGCCUGAAGCACCAUAGCUGCAUGCCUCAAGCCAUGGCACACACCCACCUGGGCGGCUACUUCUUCGUGCAGUGCCGACAGGACACCCCUUCCUCCACCAGCCCACAGCUGCUCAUUGACAGCGUCACAGACUCGGUGCUGGGCCCUAACACUGACAUCACGGGCACCCCCCAUGUGUCCCCUGAUGGACGCUUCAUCGUCAGUGUCUCCAACAAGGGCCCCUGGUUGCACGUGCAGGAAGUCACAGUGCGGGGGGAAAUCCAGACCCUAUAUGACCUCAAAAUAAGCCCGGGCAUUUCAGACUUGGCGUUUCAGCAUUCCUUCACAGAAGGCAAUCAGUACAACGCCUACGCCACUCUCGACAAGGAGCCAGACCUGCUGUUCCUCGAGCUGUCCACUGGGAAGAUGGGGAGGCUGAAGAACUUAAAGGAGCCACCCACCGGGCCAGCCCCACCCUGGGGUGGACCCCGCAGAAUCCUGAGGGACAGCGGGCUCUUUGGGCAGUACCUCCUCACGCCCGCUCAAGAGUCGCUGUUCCUGAUCAAUGGGAGACGAAACGCCCUGAGAUGCGAGGUGUCGGGCGCAAAGGGUGCAGCCGCAGUGGUGUGGGUCGGGGAGGUAUGAAAGGGUCCAGGAAGGAACCGAGCUCGGGUCCAGGAGUACCACCUUAGUCCUGACACCACAGCCCCGACCAGGCGCACUGUACAUUUUCACAGACAAAAAAGCCAAACCCUGUACUUCGCUUUGUGGUUCGACACUGAUCUCCUUGCAAGUUCCCUAGCAGAAGGUACACACAGCAACCAAGAUCCGGGGGUUUCCAUUCAGAAGUAUGAUGUAACGCCUUGAGCCGUGGUGAGAACACAUGCUGCUACUGUGUGCAAGGAAAUCAUCUCUGUUCCUGGCUGCACACCACGUCGCCUGGGGACAUCACAGAAGCGAGGGAUCCUGCUGCCCAGGCUGACACUUCUGUCCGUUGCCUUUACAUAGUCAUUAUCCUAACCCGCCAGCCCCAGCCAGUGCCCUGCAGGAGUGGCCCCCGCAGCGGGGUUGAGCGGGGCUGUCCCUCUUAGCGGGCUAGCCUCCUACCCCUGCUGGGGACCUCACAUGCUCCAUCCUGGACGCUGCUUGCUUGCUUUUCCAGCUGAGUGCUAUACCCCUGAGGGAGAGCCUCUGAAACUUACUACACCUUGGGGGAUGGGAAAUCACUUGCUUUAUUUUGGAAUUUUUUGAUUAAAACUAAUUUUUUUAUAAUCUCAGAUGUGAGGACGCAGAGAGAUGCUCUCCAAGGUCCAGCUAUAUUCUUCCCUGCCUUAGGAUAAGUCUCCGAGGGGAGAGGGUCCCAACGGUACAUGCCAUGUGCAGAAAAAAUAGACACCCGAGAAAUAGCAGUUCUCUGCAGCAUUGUGUUGGCCCAAGUGCAGUCCAUAACCACCAUGUUAAAAUCGACGCUGGGACCCCAAGAGACCAAGCUGAGCCCCAUGUGCCUGCUCUUCACCACAGAAAGGCAACACGUUACUAAGGAUGCCUAACGCACCAGCAGAAGUCCAGACCCAGGGCAGGCCAGGCUUUCCUGGUAAGGUGUAGGCAGCCUCUGGGUUCCAUCCAGAAGCCAUGAGUGCCAUCCAUCCAGAGCUCUAAGGCUGUGUUUCUGCAGGAGCAGUCAGCACUGAUGCCUCAGCCCCUGUCACCACACUGCAAGAGAGCCCUUUUCCCUAGUGUUUUCAUUCCCAUCCCCUCAACUACACACUCUCCACAAUGCAGACUCACAGAGGGCUCUGCCUGCAAUAGGAAGAAGCCCAACCCAGCCAGCCCUAGGUCAGACUCAACAGCCCUGUGUCAGACUCAACAAGAACGAGACCCCCACCCAGGUUUCUCAGAACAUUCCGCCCUCUCUCACAUCCAUUGCCAAAACAUGCUGACUUUCUAGUUCGAAUCCUGCAAGCCCCACAGUGUUGAGACAGUGGGUCUACCCCAGACCAGCUAACUUAGCCACUUUCACCGAUCAGCAAUGGCCAUGACUUUGAAGACACAGAAUGCACCUUUCUCCCACUUCCUGCAUGAGUGCUUGACCCCCACUGUUCAUGCCAGCUUCCUGCUGCUAGUCUGGCCUCCCCUGUGUUUCCUCUCCUGGUGCACUAAACCACUGUCCCUGACAGUCCAAGGCAGUUCCCCAUACAUGUGCUAUCAUGUUUCAGAUGUGGGUAAGAGGCUGAAGAUGCUGCCCUCAGAGGCAAGCUUCACAAGCAGGAUAAGUGGCGAUGAUACAGCUUACCCUUUCUUAUCUGAUAUGAUUCUGGGGUCCCAUGCUUUCACUGAAAUCUUCCAAUAGUCAUAUAUUUCUCCUUUUGGAACAAUAGUGUCUGCCUCAAGAAGAAGAUUCCCUCAGCCUCUCCCCCAAGCCCACCAAGGCCAGCUUUACAUACCCUCUUUGGAUGCAAAAGUCAAAGACCAAUACAAUCCAGCAAACCAAAAGAAAGCAGGAUUGCUUGGCCACUGUCCUGCUUCUCUGCAUAUUCCUAGAAGGCACCCCAAAGUUCUCUUCUCUUCUGCUCAACUUCUAGAGAUAGCCAGCCUAUGUCCAGUGGCCUGGGUGCAAGACAUGUUAAAGAAAAAACCUCGGAACCCUGAAGCCUAGGCCAGAUGUCAGUCCAGGCUGCAGUCACAAAAGCAGAAUGGCUUCCUGGCAAUGAGAUCAGUAGAGGAAGGCAGAGGACUGUGGGGAAAUCUUGCCUGCCUUCCCCCUCUUCAGUCUGGGGCCAGAAGAGACCCAUGAGACGAGUUUAAAACCCACUGGCAACACACAGUGAGUGAGUGGAUCUCCUGCAACAACCCCAGCCCGUGGGGGUUCUGAAGAACACAAGAAAUUGACAGCUAACAGUUUACCCAGAAAGGACUGGUUUAACUAAGAAAACCACCAGGAAAGUGAUUUACAUAAACCCCAUUCAUAAUUCUUAACAUUCAAGUGAUGACACAAACAUUUGACUGUUCUUUUUUAUUUUCCCCUGAAAACCACCACAAAAUUCUGUGCAUAUGUAGCUACUGGUUCUCCUUCUGCCCCAAAGUCCUUGCUCUCAACAUCUUACCCAGCAACCCCAGACUGCAUGGAAGAGAGCCUUCCUGCUUCUGACUGAGUAUAUAACCCUCUUGUCCAAACAAGCCUGAAACUGGGCCACCCUCCAAUGUGGUACAUGGAUUUCUUUGGUCCCCCAAGCCACACAAACAUCCUGCUGCCUUCCUGAAUCAUGGGAAGAGGCUGGAAAAGACCUGAAGUCAUGGCUAGGAUCAGAAUCUAAGGCCAAACUGCAGGUUCUCUGAUGAAGAGAGUGGGCGUCACCAAGGAAGGGGGUUCAGUUCCUCCCCCUCACCUACUCUCUGUUCAGGAAAGGGCUCCCAACUGAAGGGAAGCACCCCAGGAAGGCUGCUUGCUACCCCAGACAGAGCCAAGGGCAGCAGCUUGCUACACAGAGCCUGGGAACUUCCGAGUCUUCACCCAGCGAAGCGCGAGUUGGCUUUGUCCAGUAGCAUCUUCUCGUUCGUCUGAUGACCGAUAACCUGUGAACUAAGGGGGCUCUCAGAAUGGAGAUGUGAGAUACACUCGCUCUGGAUAUAUUUUUGUACCUUGGGCUAAAGUGUAGUUGCUUCAUUUUCUCGUGUGUUUCAAAAAACCACUGAUGCAGAACCAUCUUCACUAACAAACCCCACAGCCCUCUCUCCAACCCUCCCCUCCAGAAGCAAGUCUCCGGGGAUCUGUCGCCAUUCCCCUCCCUCCUACACACCCACCAAUCUACCUCACAUCUUCCUUCCGUAUACCCAGCAUCCCCAGAAUGCCCCCCCAGAAGGCCAGAGAUGAGGGGAGACUCCUAGAGACUGAUUCAGCAGUCCUCCAUCAGCCCAGCCCCAGCCUCACUCUGUCAGAACCACAGACAACACCUUGCUGUCCAGGAUCACAGCCCAAACCCUAGCUCUCGGACCAGGGAGUUAGAAGCCAAGGACUAGAAAAAGCACCAUCAGAGUGGUAGGAAAGAGGGAGAGAGCUGGUGAGAUUUCAUUUCGGCCCAGUCUCACACGAGGCAGUCCACCCUCUCCAUCUUCUCCCACUUCAUUCCCUUUCUUCCUGGCUCUCUUCCUGUAUCCCACGCCCCCUGCUUCUGAGUUCCCCCGUGACGGCACUCAUCCAUCCUUCAAGGAGCAACAGCUCUUCCUCACACCAGCUUCAUGUGCCCUUUUCCCACACGCCCCUUGCUCUGAGGGUUCAAAUGCGAAGUCCCUCACAGACCAGAUGCUGCCUUUUGCUCCCAAGCCACCACAGAGGCAACCCGUGGUCUUGUUCAAAAGCAUCGCUAACUGCCUAGGUUUGGUUUCUCUCCAUAACCACAAGGAUGCUAAGUGGGGUAUUUAAAAGAUCCAAUGGGGGCAGGGCACUCAGGAUGUGAUCACAAGAUGCCAAAUGGGUGGUGGAAGGCAAGCCACGUCCUGCUCGUGGCACUGGCUUGAGGAUUUGGGCGUCGUGGCUGGGUCUCCCCAGCAGAUACCUAGAGGUAAUGAUCAAGCACCUCUUAGGCCUCCACAGUCUCCUCUGACUCUCUGGGCGACUAUCUGGAAAGUGUAAUCUAACCAAACACAACGGAUGAAAUGAGAUAUGAAAGGAGAGAAGAAACGGACUUCCAGAAUUCACAGGGAGGCUUCUUCAGCUGGCACCGGCGCAUUUAGGACGUUUUUUGGCUUUUGACACAAAGUCACAGCUUGUGCGCCUUUCUUUCCGAACUCAACUUAAUGACCCAUGUUACAGUUCCUUUCCCGCGGCUCGCUCCCACUACGGUUCCUACCAUUCACGGAGCAUCCGUUUCCCACCAUACAGGCAUCAUGUGACCCCUCGCCAUGACGCCUUACUGCUUUAACGCUCCAAUGAAAACUCGCCUGUGGCCUAGAAAACAUGGCCCUACCCUACCCUAGACAACACUAGCGAACCCUGCCUACAUCCCACAAAGCCUUGCGUAGGGACUGGCCCCCUACACCACGCCUUGGUGACAUGUUGCUCUCCACAGUUCACCUUCUGGAUAAAGGGAGACCAGCAUCGGCUGGUUGUGCGAUCCAGGGGCUGUCUAAACUCCAAAUCCUCGUCCACUGUCUAGCAUGCCAUCUCCAGAGAUGGGAGAGAAACAAGCCUGCAGGCCACCAGACCCAGACCCACUGUGCCCCCUGGUGGUAGCACCCACAUUCACACCCUCUCUGCCUGCCUCCAGGGCUCCCCACACCCCCCAGUGCUGCUGCCCUGCUUCCUGAAGGCUGUAUAAAAUGACCCAAAGUGAAACUGGGCAUGAAGUUUUGCUCGAGUGGUCGCACACCAUUUCGCGCUACCGCGUCGCCGAAUGACCUUCACGUUGUGGAACCCCACACACGCCAUCCCGAGAGUCAUCCUUUCCCCACCUCAGAAAAACCCUUGGAUCGCUUACAUCGAGGCAGGCUACGUUCUUUUGAGCAGUUGUGUAGACUCCAAAAUAUAUUUUCUGUAAUCAGUAUCUCUCAAAAGGCCGCCUGUAAUUAUUAUACACAUGUGAAUUUUUUUCCUUAUUUAUAAGAUAUAUAUAAAUUAUUUUUAAUACAUCAACUUUAGUAGAAAUUUGUACCAACACAGUAACAG